ACAGGCCACAAACUAACCUUAAAUUUAAGGUAACAAUAAACUAUCAGCAGCAGCGAUGGACAUGUAACAUGCACACACAUAGUACUACUUUUCAUUUCAUUGCCAGAAUGAUUAAGAUAUCAAACUUUGUGUUGCUACCACGUACAAUGCAACGUUAGUGGCGGUGUGCAUAAAAUUGACCAUUGUUCUUCAUGACAUUGUUUACGCUGCUGUUCCUGCUUCCUCACUGAGUGAAGAAAAAGGACGUUACAAAAGCGCACACGAUUUUUCAAGAGCCAAACAGAGUGCCCUAAAUUCAAGCGCAACGAGUCAAACAAACAAAGAGAGAAGAAGAAGAAGCAAACUUUUCCUUUGGGCAAUUCUCGUCUUCGGUGAUUCCUAUGGUUUCUUCAUUGAAUUCGGUUUAGCGUGACUUUUUCUUCAAAUAAAGCCAUUGAACAUGUCUUCAGCAACCAAGGGUGAUAGGAAGACUGCACUUGAUGUGGCAUCAUGGAUGUUCAAUAUAGUCACAUCUGUGGGAAUAAUCCUUGUGAAUAAAGCCCUCAUGGCUACAUAUGGUUUCAGCUUUGCUACAACGUUAACUGGUCUGCAUUUUGCCACAACAACCUUGCUGACAGUCUUUCUUAAGUGGCUGGGAUAUGUCCAAACCUCUCACCUUCCCUUACCUGAUCUCAUCAAAUUUGUCUUAUUUGCAAAUUUCUCUAUUGUCGGCAUGAACGUGAGUUUGAUGUGGAAUUCUGUCGGUUUCUAUCAGAUUGCUAAGCUGAGUAUGAUUCCAGUAUCUUGUUUCCUGGAAGUUAUCUUGGAUAAUGUGCGAUAUUCAAGGGACACAAAACUUAGCAUUUCUCUAGUUCUCCUUGGGGUUGCUGUAUGUACAGUCACUGACGUGAGUGUCAAUGCUAAGGGUUUUAUAGCUGCUGCAGUGGCAGUUUGGAGCACCUCACUACAGCAGUAUUAUGUGCAUUUUCUUCAGAGGAAGUACUCUCUUGGAUCGUUUAACUUGUUGGGCCACACUGCACCAGUACAGGCAGCAAGUUUACUACUAGUAGGUCCCUUUUUGGACUAUUGGCUGACAAACAAACGAGUUGACGCCUACAACUAUGGUUUCACAUCUACUUUGUUCAUCAUUAUCUCUUGCACCAUCGCAGUAGGGACAAACCUCAGCCAGUUCAUCUGCAUUGGCAGGUUCACGGCUGUAUCUUUCCAAGUCCUUGGACACAUGAAGACUAUUCUGGUACUGGCCUUAGGAUUCGUUUUCUUCGGAAAAGAAGGCCUCAAUUUACAAGUGAUUCUGGGCAUGACCAUUGCCAUAGCGGGAAUGAUAUGGUAUGGCAAUGCAUCUUCUAAGCCAGGAGGGAAGGAACGUCUUAGCUUACCCAUUAACCAUACCACCAACAAGACACAAGAGUAUAAUGUACUGCCAGUGUCCUCUGAAACGGAUCAGGAAAUAUAGAAGUUGAUGUAAAUAAAGUGGUGCCCUCUAGGACACCUCAUUUGGACACUUCUCCUACCCGUAUGGAACACAACAUGCUUAGUCAAAUCUUCUUCUCUCUCUCUCUGCUUACUUACAGGGUUUGCAAAACAGAAAGCUUGUGUUCUCCGCAAUGAAAAAUGACUUAUUGUCUCAGUUUUUAGAAAAA